AUGUCUGACUUGAUUCAGGAAGAAAUUGAUUAUCUUCUAACACUUCCAACGAACUCAACAUAUUCUGAAUGGUCUUUGAUCGGUUCAUCUUGUCAACAUAUUCAUAGAGAAUAUAUUUCGAAUGAUGAUUUCUUAUUGAUUUUACACUUGGUUACUCUUGUAUCGACGGUUUUCAAUGUCGCAGGUAACAGACUUCAACUGGUUUCUGCCUCAAAGAUCGAAAAGAUCAAUUAAUCAAAAAAGCAUUGUAGGUGUCUACUGUAUUGUGACUCAAUCUAGUGUUUCAAUGGGAAAUUUUAAAUGGUGUUUAGCGAAUCUUCAAUUUUGGAUAGCAUUCACAGAUCUUUGGGUGACUGUUUUUGUAGCUCCCCGCUUCUAUUUUCCAACAAUUGGUGGAAUAGCUCUUGGCUUAUUUUUCAAUCUUGGAUUAACAGUUCCUCAACUGAUUUAUCUUGGUUUUGCAAGUUUUGGAUGUAUGGUAGCAAGUGUAUUUGUGUUGUUUCUUUAUCGUCAUCAAGUUGUUGUUCCAUCUGAUAGUUUCACUAAGUUUCCGAAAAGUUUGAUUUUUGUUUUUGUUGCAAUUAAUUAUUUGGUUUACGGGAACAUGACAUUGCCAGCAGUUUUGACAGCACCGUAUGAUCAAAUUUCCGAAAAAGUUAGGAUAUUGAGAGUGAGCGUUUAAUGAAACAUUUUCUCAAUAAUCAAAUUUCUUUUUUAGAAAGAAACAUGCCCUCCUAAAGAUAUUCUAAACCCAGAUGUAUUUUUAUUACAAUCAUCUUACGAUCUACUUCUACCUUAUGUAUUUUUUCUGUUAUUUUUUGUUGGAACCGAAACUUUGACAAUGUCUCUUCAUUGUGCAUGGUGUUUAUGUUUCUCAACAAUAUUUCCAAAAAUUGUCAAGGAGAACAAGAAAAAUGCAAUUGAAAUUUUUGUUAGCAUUAAUUGCUCAGGUUGCAAUUCCUACAGCUUUAUGUUAUGCGCCAGUUAUUUAUUGUUUGGUAUCGACUUUGAUAGAUCACUAUAAUCAAUGUAGGUUGAGAGAGUAUCCAAUUUUGUUUCCUUAAUCAAAAAAAGUUUAGUCGCUAAUGAUAUUUGUGUUUUUGUAUUCGUCACUCAUGGAAUUGUUUCUUCCACGUGUCUUCUAUUCUUCUAUGAUUGCUAUUUUGAUUAUAUCAGUUUUCUAAUUUGCCGGAAUCGAUCACAUAAAAAGUUAGUUCAGAAUAUGUUCAUAACAUCACCUACCAUUUCCACUUUCAGAAUAAGCAUGGUCAACUUUCGCUCAGAAAUGGUAUCUCGGAAAAGUAUCGUAACAAUGAUUUGAAUAUUUUCAAUUGGAAAAUAAUGUUUGAAUCAAUGUUUUCUGAAUAAACCCUUUUGCCAUUUUCAUUUCUCAUUCUAGUUAUAUUAACUCAAUGAGCAGGUGUAAUUUCAGUUUAGCUCAAAAAUGUUAUUCGAAUUUUCAUUUAGUAUUCGUCUAACAUCAGUGAAUGACAAAGCCUUUCUAGUUUUCACCCGGUUCCAAUUCUCCUAAUUUUAUGAUUCAGGAAGAAGUUGAUUAUCUGUUAAAGGGUUGGUCCUGCCUUAGGAAAACUUAGGCUCAAUCGAUAGAGCUAAGGUGCUCCUGAAACAUUCCAUAUUUUAUUUUGAUUUUAGAGCGAGUUUUCACCAUUUUAUUCAUGUUUUUGUUGGGUUUUAAGGUUUUAGUGCAUAUAAAAAACAUGUGUGCUCUUCACACACAUAAUUUAUUUGUGUGUACUUCUCGCGAAAUGCAUUUCCUAACAUUUUUCAACUAUAGAAGGUGAUUUUAAUCAACUUUAGGCUUGCUUAUAGUUAGUUUUAAAAAGUGAUGCACUAUUGCGGACUUGAUUUUCGACGUAGGAGGACCAACCCUUUAACACUUCCAACGAACUCAACAUAUUCUGAAUGGUCUUUGAUCGGUUCAUCUUGUCAACAUAUUCAUAGAGAAUAUAUUUCGAAUGAGGAUUUUUUGUUAAUUUUACAUUUAGUUACUCUUGUAUCGACGGUUUUCAAUGUUACAGGUAUAUAAGUCAUAAAAAACUAUGUUUUGGUGUAGGAAAUCUGUUGUAGACUGCAGAUGUUUUUGAGAUCAAACAAUCUACAGUUCAGCGAAAAACAAUUAUUUUUAGGUGUUUAUUUUAUUAUAACACGAUCCAGUAGCUCAAUGGGUCAAUUCAAAUGGUGUCUUGCAAAUCUGCAAUUUUGGAUAGCUUUUACAGAUCUUUGGGUGACUGUUUUUGUAGCUCCAAGAUUUUAUUUUCCAACAAUUGGUGGAAAAGCACUAGGAAUAUUUUACAAUCUAGGUUUAACAGUUCCACAAAUUGCUUUAUCUUGGCGGUGGAUGUUUUGGAUGUGUGAUUUCGAGUGUUUUUGUAUUAUUUCUCUAUCGUCAUCAAGUUAUUGUUCCACGGGAUAGUUUCUAUAGUUUUCCAAAACGUGUUAACGUUGGUUUUGUUGCUAUCAAUUAUCUUUUAUAUGGAAAUAUGGCAAUACCAGCAGUUUUAACAGCUCCUUCUGAUCAAGUUAAUCAAAAAAUAGAGUUACUCAUGGUAUUUUUCAUUUUCUUUCUGAUUCAGAUUUUUAUACGUAAAUAUUUUUAUAGAGAGAAACAUGUCCUCCGAAGGAUAUUUUGGAUCCUGAUGUUUAUUUAUUACAAGUUUCAUACGAACUUCUUUUACCGUAUGCAUUAUUUCUAUUAUUUUUCAUAGGCACCGAGUGUUUUUUAAUGGCUUUUCAUAGUGCAUGGUGUUUAUGUUUUUCAACAAUUUUUCAAAAUUUAUCCAGCAAAACUAGAAAAAUGCAGAUAAAGUUUCUAUUAGCUCUAACUGCUCAAAUUGCAAUUCCUACAACUUUAUGUUACGCACCAAUUGUUUAUUGUUUGGUAUCGACUUUGAUAGAUCACUAUAAUCAAUGUAGGUUGAGAGAGUAGAUUUCGUUUUGUUAAAAUUUUGUGAAACUUUUAGUCGCCAAUGAUAUUUGUGUAUUUGUAUUUAUUACUCACGGUAUCAUUUCUUCCACGUGUCUUCUACUUUUCUAUGAAUGUUAUUUGGAUCAUAUUAUUUUUCUGAUUUGCCGAAGACGCACAAGAAGUUCGAAGUGAGUAUAAUUUUUCCAAACUUCUACAUCAUUUCUAUUUUUUUCUAGAGUCAGCGUUGCAAAUUCUCGAACAGAUCCAAUUUCUCGAAAAAGUAUUGUCACAAUUCAAUAA